AUGUCCCAAACUUCAACUCAGCCGCCGGCCACCGCCGAUGGCAUCAACUUCGUUCACGUGGAACAGUGGGCUCCGUCGCAUGGAUAUCACGACUCGAUGGCGUCGCUGUUGAACUAUAUCCAAACCAAGCAGAUGAGUCCCGCCAAAUCAGUCCGACAAGCAGCACCACAACCACUCCAACGGCAGAGGCAGGCAUCGAAACCCAAGGCGGUAACACGGAAGCAACCUUCAGGCUCCGGGCUCCUGACGAGCUCGAAACCGUCACACAGGCCGUCCCGACCAAAAGCCAACAUCUCUUGCCGUCGAACCUCCACAACGGUGGUGAACCGCCCGCGCAUCCUCGACAAGCCCGAGAUCCAGGCCCUGCGCCACGACCUCAACCACAGACGCAGUCUGGGCAUAAGCAACAUCGCCACCAGCCUCAUGGCAGCCCGCGACCUGCACGCCGCCAUCGAAAGCCGGGACCUGGGCGCCGUGUAUGCCAUGCUGCGCUCGGGGGUGGACCCGAACCUGUCGCGCGGCGGUGUGGUCGUGACCAGCGCCUCGGGUCGGCCGUCGACCCCCACAGCGCCACGACGGCCCGCGGCAAAGACGGGCGUGGGCGUGACGCCGCUGCACCGCGCCUUCUCGGUCGGCUGCCUCGAGGCGGCCAUGUUUCUGGUGCUGGCGGGCGCGGACCUCGAGGCCACCAACGCGGCGGGCGAGACGGCCGUGGUGCGCGCCGUGCGCUGUGAGCUGCCCGACGACUUUGUCGCGCUGUGCUGCGAGCUGGGUGCCGUCGUUGACGCUGCCGACCGCUCUGGCCGCUCUGCGCUGCACUACGCCGCCGGGCUCGUGCAUCCGGAUGUAAGCUGCGGCACGGUCCUUGCGCUGGCUGACCACGGUGCGGAUUUGGAUGGGAGGGACGCUGAGGGCAGGGCGCCGCUGCAUGCGGCUGUGACUGCUGGCAGGGCAGAGGUGGUGCUGCAGCUGGUGGCGCGAGGGGCUGACGUUGAGGCUGCGCUGCCUGGCGGCGCGACGCCGCUGCACCUUGCUGUUCUUCGGCGGAAUGCUCAGAUCGUCAGGGUGCUGUGUGAGCAUGGCGUCGAUAUCAAUGGGCAGGAGGGCGUUAGUGGGAGUCCAGGGGGUGAUUCCAGGGGCACAGUCCCGAAAACACCACUUUUAUACGCCAUCGAAACAGGGUGCACUGAGAUCGUGCGGAUCCUGCUCACGCACGGCGCCGAUGUUAACAUGCGCAGUGUCAGCGGCGGCAGUGAUAGCAAUGGCGGCCCUACAAGUCGGAACCUAAGCAACAGCAGCACCACCAGCAAGGGCGGCAGCUCCACGCCAGCCAACCAGCCGAGCUCCUCGUCCCAGGCCGACUCCUUCCCUCUCCUCGCCGCAGCACGACUAGGCAACGCCGCCGUGGUCGACCUCCUGCUCGCACAGAACGCCGACCUUGGCCUCUCCGACGCGAACCGACAAACGGCGCUGCACGCGGCGGCGGCUCACAACCACAUCGAUGUCGUGAAGCGGCUGGUGGCGGCGGGCGCGGCGGUGGGGAGCUUGCGCGACGACGGUGCCACGCCUCUGUUGCUCGCCGUGCGGGCCGGCCACGAGGCGGUUGCGCGGUAUCUUCUCCUCGGACCGGCGCCUGCACCUGCUGAAAACCCAGCGGACGGGGUCGGUGCCUGUGCCCCAGGCCCAACGGCGCUGUGGCACGCGGUGGACCGCGGGCACCAUGAUAUCGCGAAGCUGCUUAUUGUAGACCGCGGCGCGGAUCCAUUGAGGGUCGUGGACGCUUGGGGGUCCACGCCGUUGCACCACGCGGCCACAAAGGGGUUGGAUGGGCUCUUGGAGCUUAUUCUUGACCGGAUGGUAGAGGGUCAUGAUGGCGGCGAGCAACCACGGGUGGCGUCAAGUACAUAUACUGGUGUUAGUAAUAGCCGCAGCGAAUACACACCCUCGUCAGGGGACGAGAAGAGGACUAAAGGAGUUGAGCCACCAACGGCUCAACAGACAACCACCUCCAAGCCGAAACCGGAACGCAAUCCAAGAAUACGGGAUAUAGGAGAAGCGAAGAAAGUUACAAAAGCAGUGACAGCGACAGAUAAAACCAUGGAACCAAACUCGACACCCUCCGAAAUAGCAAACGCAGAAGCGCAAACAUCCAAGCUGUACGCAUCUCUCCUGCUCGCUGCAGCUGAAGGCGGCCACCUCUCGACGCUCAAGCUGCUCCUCGCCCGCCGCGGCCCAGCCUCCGCCCUGACCGACCUGCAGAGCGCCCAAACCGCCAUUGGAGACGGGAUCCUAGCCGUGUCGACCGCGCACCCCGAGGUGCUGCGGUUUCUGCUUGGAUCCAAGAUGUCCGACGACGGCGGCGGGGGCAGUAGCAGCAUUAGUAUAUGGGCGGCAAUAUUGGGACGGGCCCGCCGGCCGCUCCUCGACGUCAACCACGGCAACCGACACGGGGCCACGGCUCUGCACUACGCGGCGCUCCGGGGCCACGUCGAGGGCGCGCGGGUGCUGCUGCAAAGGGGGGCCAGGCAGUUGGCGGUGACGGUGGAAAUCUACGAGGGCGGGCUGGACGACUAUGCGGACAAGAAGGAUUACAGGCAGGGUACCCCUGCGGGUCUGGCAAGGCAGAAGGGGUUUGAUACCCUAGCCGCCAUGAUUGACAAAUGGAGAUGAAACUUGACGUUUUAGAACAAGAAAACAAGAAGAAAAAGAAAAAGAAAAAAAAAGAAAGAAUGUUAGCCCGCACCUAGCCGUGUUGCGCGCAUAUACGGCACGGCUUCUCGCCAGGGAAUUUCGAUCUCCUAACAGCCGCCUUUUCCAAAUCAUUAGCCCCGAUCCCAUCACAGUGCAAUGUGUUACCUUUCCUACUUGCC